AUGCCCUUAGACAGACCUUGGGAGAACAACUGUAAUGUGGUUGCUAUCAGUGCCAAAGCCAGCAAGAUGACAAGAAAAAAUGUGGUGGCCAAGGCUUCUACGGUCUUUAGAAUGCAAGCUUCCGAUGAUACUUCAUGA